CGCUCCCGGCUCCGGCCGCGCGCAGGCGGCGCUCCGCAUUGCACACGCGGGGGGCGCCGCAGUGUUCGUGGGAUGGGGCAGCGGGCUGCCUCUGGCGGCAGGGACGCGUGCAGCCCGGCGAUGUGAGGACAAGGAAGUCAGGAUGGUGAGGAAAGCUAUGAUCUUGAAGGUGCCAACCCUCUACCAUCAUCUCAAGUGCCCACUCCGAGGCCCUCUGUAUGAGUGACACUCCAGUCUGCCAUGGAACCUAGCCCUGCCCUGGCCUGGCUCCUGCUGCUGAGCCUGGUGGCUGACUGUCUGAAAGCCGCUCAGUCCCGGGACUUCACGGUGAAAGACAUAAUCUACCUCCACCCUUCAACCACUCCAUAUCCUGGUGGAUUUAAAUGCUUCACCUGUGAGCAGGCAGCGGACAAUUAUGAAUGCAACCGAUGGGCUCCUGACAUCUACUGUCCUCAAGACACCAGAUACUGUUACACUCAGCACACCAUGGAAGUCACAGGAAACAGCAUCUCUGUCACCAAACGCUGUGUCCCUCUGGAGGAGUGCUUAUCCACGGGCUGCCGAGACUCGGAACAUGAAGGCCACAAGAUCUGCACCUCCUGCUGCGAAGGAAACAUCUGUAACCUGCCACUCCCUCGCAAUGAAACUGAUGCCACAUUUGCCACGACGUCCCCUAUAAAUCAGACAAAUGGGCAGCCACACUGUAUGUCAGUGAUCGUGUCCUGCUUGUGGGUGUGGCUGGGACUCACCUUUUAACAACCUUCUCUACCAGAUGCCAUAAAGCUCUGUGGGUUUCACCACGGCCUGUAGUCACGCAUGAGUCAUUGGCUUGGCAGUGGUGACACAAUGCGACCCCAGCACCCCAAGACAUCAUCACAGCCAGGCAUAACCAUUUCCAUGAAUAGCAAGCAUUGCAUCUUUGCUGUCAUUUCCAGCCUAACGUGGACUCCAUCUGAGUCAGCCCGUCCCUUAUACAGACCCGGAUUUCUAUACCACAAACCUGUGAUUUGCUCCAACAAAGAGUUCUGCAUUUAUUGAUGUCUGGAGUUCUUGAUUUGGAAUCCACACAUGAGCUGCAGGAGGUCCUGGACCCCUGAGGAAUAAGCCAUGGAUGCAGGAGGCGUUCGCUUUUUUU